AUGCGAGCAUUGGACUUCCCGAAGGUGCCAUGGCAGAGGACGUUAGAGAAUACAGGUGUUUCUUACCUGCUGGAAGAAGACGAAGAAGCUGGAGGCGAGGACAAGGAACGCGACACAGAUGACGAAAUUGUUGACGAGGCCGAGGCCCGGUAA